UCUCCUCACCUCAGUCGAGCGCGCUGCGAACAAACGAUUCAACAUUGCGGCGUAUGAGCUCAAACGCGGAACAAAAGACAUCCUCAUAAAACAGGGAAUGGUGGGAGAAGCGUUGUGAAAUGUAUAGAAGUUAUUGUGAACGCAUUAACAAAGGCGAAUAAUUAUUUGGGCCAUUGAUUUAAAGGGUUGUGUCUUGUGUGUUGCCAAAUCUGCGGGACGCGCGUUGCUCCCCAUCAAAGCCAACUACAGGGGAGGGACAUAGCAGAUUUCUCGACUUCACCGCACUGAUUGAAGGGGAGGGGGUCCGUAGACCGAAAUUGAUGGUAGUGGGCUACUGAGAAAGACGAGCUACUCCUGUUGAUAAUAAAGGCAAAAUACACCUUUCAGUCGAAUACAGCUGAGUUGGUGAAACGGGCCGGUGGUGAAACAUGGAGAUGUCUGAGGGGCUGUCACAGCAGGAGAGAAUCCAGGCUAUAGCGGAGAAGAGGAAGAGGCAGAUAGAGGUCGAGAACAAAAAGAGGCAGCUGGAAGAUGACAGGAGACAGCUUUCACAUCUCAAGCAAAAGUCCCUGAGGGAAAAAUGGUUGCUAGACGGAGCUGCUGGGUCGGAGCAGGAAGAGGCCAAGAAACAGUUGGCGGAGGACGAGACCAAGCUCAAGGGGAUGGAGGAGAGCAUCAUUAGACUGGAGCAGGAACUGGAGGAGCUGGAGACGGGCGUGUCAGUGACCUCCACCAAAGAGAGUCUGACAGAUGCAGCCAAGGUGGAAGAAGCUAAGACUGCCGACAACAAAGCUCCUGCAGGCACUGUUCAAGAGGUCAAGGAAGUGCUCAAAGUGCACAACAGCCCUCGUCUGGACAUGUCCGGAGGUGCAUCAGAUAUAAUGAGAACAGCGAUGUACUCAGUAGAGAUCACCGUUGAGAGGGACAAUGUCACGGGCGAGACUAAGGUGUUGUCCACCAACACCCUACUGCCCAUUAACCUCUCUGGGCAAGGGGUCAAGGUGUAUGAGGAUUACCAGAAAGUGGUACACGAGGUGAACGGGGAGAACGGGGUCCACCAGCUCAGCGCCAACGAGGUGGACGAGCUCAUCCUUAAAGCUGAUGAGUCCAUGAUGAGCGACGCCACCACCGCUGGCGCCACCUACACCACCCCUGUCUUCCCCACCAAUGCGGAGUUGGCUGCCGAGCAGCAGACGACACCCAAGAAGGAGAUUACAGGCAUGGAGGCCAAGGCAGGUGGCGCUAGUCCCCAGCCAGGUGGAGGCGAGAUGGAGGCCAGCGCCGAGAACCCCGUCACUAUGGUGUUCAUGGGCUACCAGAAUGUGGAGGACGAGACGGAGACCAACAAGGUGCUGGGCCUGGAGGGUACCGUCAAGGCCCAGCUGGUGGUCAUCGAGGACGGCGAGGGCAAGAAUGUGACGGUUGGGCCCACUCCAGCCACCGUGACUGUCACCGAGGGAGGCGCCAAGGAAGAGCAGUCUCCCCCACCCAACGGAAGCGCAGAUGACCCCGCCAAGACCCCCCAGGAGACAUCCUCCGCAAAGGAGAAAGGGGGUGAGCCAGAGGGGGGUACCACUGAGUUAAACAACAAGGAGAAGCAGCCUUGCAAGUGCUGCACCAUCAUGUGAGCAACUGUUUGUUGUGUGGCUGAAUCCCCCCCGGAACUUGACUUUUCAAGGAGAAAUGACAAACCAACAACAACCAUAACGUCAUGACAACCAACAAACCCCUCCCCCCGCCCUGAAAAAAAAGGAAUACAUGUUCUUUAUCUUCUGAUAGCCGGCUGUUGUUUCCCAACUUCGUUUGAAGUAUUUCAUUAUCAUCUCAUCGUCUCCUUUCCUUAUUUUGACCUUUUUAUUAUUUCAGGUUUGGUUGUGCGACAGGAGAGCAAUCCCUACCUCCUCACACUCUGAGAUUUCUGAGGGAGAGAGGAGAUAGAAAAGGAAGAAUAGAAAGAGAGAAAGAAAGAGGAAAAACUCACCCAGCAUUGUCCAACAAGCCUUUUUUUUAAAUGACAUCUCUUAUACACCACCAUGAAUUGUGUAAUCUUAACUUUCUGUAUGAUGGACAGAUGUAUAUCUCUCUGUGUAUCUCUAUAUAUACAUUGUUUAUUUUAAAGAUAUAUUUAUUUGACUUUUUAUUUUUUGAAAAUGCCCUCUGGAAAGUGUUUUUGACAGAAGCAUGGUAUUCAUUGUUUUUUUUCUGUCCUGUGCUAGAGCAUUUUAGAUAAAAACGGGGACAUGAUGGAAUAUUUAUGUUAGAAAAUUCUGAUUUUGAUUUCCAGAAAAAAGAAAAAAAAAGUCACUUUGGAAUGUCUGAGACAGACACAACACUGAUAUAUGGGAUGUCUGAGACAGACACAACACUGAUAUAAGGGAUGUCUGAGACAGACACAAACUGAUAUAUGGGGUGUCUGUGACAAACACAACAUUGAUAUAAGGGAUGUCUGAGACAGACAACACUGAUAUUUAGAAGUGACAUGCAAUGAGACGUCAGUGAUAUUGAUGACAUCGAAGUACUGUGUGCGUGUGUGUAUGAGCAUGCAUGAGUGUGUGUGUUUUGGUUUAAAAUGACCUCAUUGGUCCUUAUAUCAUCCUACACUACACUACCCACAAUCCCCAUCACCUAUUUUCUUUCUGGAAGAAAAAACAAUCCAUGCAAUUUUUUUGUGAUUUCCCUGCAACCAAAUCAGCUACACUACUUCGACAACACUAGUAAUGAAUUGAAUAACAUGUGUGAAGGUCAUUCAUACCGAAGCUUGAGACUGAUGAAAUGAAUGCCCAUCUGUAAGGCUUGAUGUUUGUGUGAUUCGCCCCCACUUAACUACAUUAUCCAGAAUACCACUGCCCCUUUAAUAUAAAUAAUGUUGCUUACAGCUGCCUUUGUGAUAACACUAACUACUUUUCAUUAACUCAUUGACAUAAUCCUGGCUGCUGAUGUUAUGACCUAGCAACUAACAGCUGGGUUUUGAAAUAAUGGUCGGCGUGGACAGGCCCUUCCAAUGUCCCGAAGAUUUUCAGAUGGAUAUUAACUACUGUGGAAUUGGUGCAUGGAGCAUAAUCUGUUGUUUUAAAUGGCAGCGCAUAUCCUACCAAACUGUGUUGCAAAUACCGCAAGAAUUUGCUCCAUUCAGACAUUAAGGAAGAGUGACAUUUGAAUGGGGGUCGGGGGUUAUAUAUUUCCCUCAGAGUCUGUGUGGGAGGAGAUUCAUUAUAAGAGUACUUGGUUUUCUGUUUUCCUGUUUGAACUCUACUGUCAGGCCUUGGUUUUGUCAUUUGUCAACGAAACCAAAGAAAACCGUUCAAAUAGGCCUAUUUUUCAUUGUGUAUCUAUCACAGGAGGUUGGUGGCACCUUAGUUGGAGAUGACGGGCUUGUGGUAAUGCCUGGAGCGGAAUCAGUGGAAUGGUAUCAAAUACACCACACACGUGGUUUCCAUGUGUUUGAUACCAUUCCAUUUGCUCGGUCCCAGACAUUAUUAUGAGCUGUCCUCCACUCUGCAACCUCACUGGUAUCUAUCGACAUGUGAGGCAAAAAGCAGGGAAUUUCAACUUCAACAUUCCAAGAAGUUUUCAGAAUCCUUUCCUACCCUCCUGAGUGGUCAAUUUUGCUCCAAAUUUGGUGUUUUUUUUCAGAGAACAAUAGAUGUUUUUGCAGUGUGGCUACAUUUGAACAGCUGUGUUUUACUUUCCCUUGGCUUGUGUGUGUUUGUUAGCUGCAGCUAUAGCAUUCUUUACAUCUUACUUAUUUCUGCCAUUUUGGAGCCAAAUUUCCAGCUAAGCUGAGGGUCAUGUUAUCAUUGUCCAGUGUAUUUUUUCCCAGUGGUGAGUUGAGUCAGUUGAGUUGGAUUAGGUAAACUAGGAGUCAGAUCUUUUCAACCAACUCACUGACACGCUCAUAUGUAACUGUGGUCCAAGUGUUAUUAUUCGCAUCCGAAAUAAAACAAACAUUUUGUUUUCAAAGAUGGUCUGCAUUAUCUUGAAGUGAGUCCAAGAAGUGAGCCAGAGGUUUGCCAGCUUUGCAUCAUGUUUGCCUAUUCCUCUUUUAAUAUGGUUCCAUGUGUAUUUAUACCUUUCCAUUGAUAUUUAUAGAGCUCUAUAUGUUAUUUAAAGGGUUAAUGUCUUUGUGAGUGUUCAAAUCAAGAACAUGAUGGAGAAUAGAUUAAAAAUAAUCAGGUCUGAUAAGCCUUGUCAAAAUGAUGCUGGAGAAUCCAUUGCACUGGUUAGAGCGUUGGACUAGUAACUGAAAGGUUGCAAGUUCAUAUCCCCGAGCUGACAAGGUACAAAUCUGUCGUUCUGCCCCUGAACAGGCAGUUAACCCACUGUUCCUAGGCCAUUAUUGAAAAUAAGAAUUUGUUCUUAACUGACUUGCCUAGUUAAAUAAAGGUUAAAAAAAUGAUCAUGUAAAAUAUAUUAUGAAAUAAUAUUCUUUGCCAAUCCCCUUCAAUCCCACUUCCUCAUGCGCAUUCAAAGGGGCAGGGCAAUCAUUGAUAGGCUGACACAUUCUCCAAUAUGCUGCUCAGCAUCCUGCAAGGAGCAUAAAAAGCUGACACAGUGAAAUGUGCGUUACUCUAUAGGAGUGGUCCCAACCUUUCUCGGUUACUGCACCACCAACUGAAUUUUGUUCUGCCCAGAGUACCCCUGCAGUACCCCCUCAUGUGCAUUUUACCAGUAGGCCUAUGGUCGCAUGAGUCUUCUCACGUAUCCUCUGUGGAUAGGCCAAGUGGUCCUAGUACCGGUCCUAUCACUGCUCUAUAGGACAGUCACACUAUCUGUAAUGUUCGUCUAGAAUACUUUCGAUAAAAAACACUGACUUCGAAUUCGCUUAGGCAUUGCUGACGACCAGUCCUUGUCGAAUAAUAUUCCCACACUGCUGGAUCCAAAUCUAUGCAAGAACUCCCAUUCAUGAAAGCUGCCAACGUUAGCAUCAGCAAAAUCAUCAUAAAGCUAUAGCUUUGAGGACAAGCAGCAGCACUGAUAAGAGUUCAUCAGUAUAUCACAAAGGCCAAGCAUUGAACCAUGCCCAUCCUUUCCUUUGCAAAAGAUGAUCCUUUUUUAUUUCCUAAAUAUCUGCUUGCUAACAGUUUACGACAUAUGUGUGUGGCUCAGCCUCAGUAGCUGUUAGCAUAGAUUUGGUUUGUCAAUUUCAAUUUGAACGGUGGAAAGAAGAUUUCAUAUGUUGUCACUGCCAACAUGGCAGCACAUCACAUGUUGGGAUGGAUACAUGUUGGUUUUUGUGGUGCUAAAUCAUUGAUACUGUUAUAUCUGACAGCCAAAGUUUAGAUAUUAUUUUAGAUAUACAUUUCUGCAGCUUGUGUUUCAAGAAAAUCACUGAUAUUUCUAUUUGCAAUAGGAAAUAGUGUCAGCAAGAGUCCUUUUCUAGGCACACCUCAACAAGGAAGUGUUUAAUCAGUUAAAUUCCAAGCGUAUUUGAAGCAACUAGGUGUUCUGUUUUUUAAAGUUUUUAUUUUAGGAUAACAUGCAACAGUCAUCUCAAAACUGAAAAACAUGAACAGUCAUAUCUCUUUGUUCUAACACAAACAUACUGUACAAAUGCACUUACUGUAGGGUGGUCAAACUGAAAGCCAUAGUGUUCUUGGUGGAAGAAAUCAUCCAUACCAUUAGAGUCAGAGAGAACAUUGGUGACCAUAACCUAAUCAGCCUUCAUAACACCUUCAUAACAUUUCUUUAGAGGAAAGAAUUACAUGGCACUUUGAGAGGGACUUGGAAAUCAACGACACAGUGUUUAAUUUUCUGUUCUAUUCACACCGUUCAUUUUGCUGCCUUCAACAACUUUGAGCUUCAAGGUUAACGAACAUCAAUGUCAAUGAAGGACAAUGAAUGCCAAUUAUGUUCUUAUGAAGGGUAAUGAUUGCAUGGACAUCUCCACUAAAGUGCUGAUCCAUCCUACUGAGCAGUGGGUGGAAUUUACUCUUAACCACUGAUGCAGGGUCAGAUUUGAUUUUAUCCCUAAUGGCUAAGGUUAGGAUUGGGAGCUAGGUAAUCUGAUCCUAGAUCUGUGGUGAAGGGUGACUUCUGCCUCAAGCUCGUUUUGAAUACCCAAUACUUCUCCUUCCUCGGUCCCUCUGUCUUGCUGAGCUUGGUGUAGCAGCAGAGGCUUGUCGCCCCUGGCAACCACUGUCUGCACUGCCAGCGCCAUGGUUACCUCAUGACUCUUGCUCUGCAACAGCACCCCCCUGUUGGUUCUUAUCAAUAUUUACAUUCCAUUUCCGACUUCUCUCUCUCUCUACACACCCCCAAUGCCUUGUAGUCUGGCCCCUGGUCAGGCAUCUUUUUUGUAAAUGUAUAUAUAAGUAUCUACAUAUAAAUGUCUGUCGCUCUCUCGUCCUCUUGUGUAGACUCCUAGAUCUUUGUGCUCAUGGCAGUCAGUCAGUGAAGGGCCCAGGUAAUAGAGUGGGUGUCAACACACUGCUGCUCUUCUUAUGCUUUGUAGUUGCCAAGGUCUGCUUUCUCACAAACUGGAAAAUGCUGUAGAGGAAAUGCCAAAUAAAAAUGUGACGUGCUUCAAUGGUC